AUGGCUCAAACAGGCAUACAGGUUUCACAAUCGUGGUACUUCCCUCGUAUAUACCAAAAAUCAAGGCGUGAGAUCGUAAAUAAAAACCAGAGGAUCACGAUAUAUGAGGUCCUGUUGUGUCUGGUGAACCUCAUAGCUUUCACUACAGCGGCCCCAAGCGACCCUGUAACACGGCAGUACCCUGGCUCUACGGUCGACACCCCGUCCCUUGCCAGGUCACGCUGUCAGGAAUACAGAAUCGCCACCGGAGAGACAUCCAUUUCCACCGCAGGAUCGCCGAAGAAGUCCGUCGCCAGUCCCCAGAAUCUCUUCUUGGCCGCGAACGUCAGGUUUAAAAGCAACCCUAAUCGCGAUGACUCUUGGUCCACAUACACGCUGAGCACCCGCGACAUCAUCAAGUUCACAGUUGGGUUCUUGCCCGCCCUGACGAAGGCCCUGACGAAGGACAACAACGCCACGGCGGCUGAAAAGAUGCGAGACAUCAUCCUGUCCUUCCUGCCCCUGGCCCGGGGAGUGGUGGAGGACAGGUCCAUUGGAGGUCCACGUAGCAACCAGAUGAAUGAACUGGAGAACGCCGAGGAACUUGUCCCAGCAGUCUUGAAUUACGUCGUCAGUAUUGUAGACACUUUCGACGUUCCCACCUCACCCCCCCCCCUCCUCAGGGGACCCUUGGGUGACUUCUUUGAGUUCGAUGACGACGACUUCGCCCCCAACAUUCCCAAAAUUGAGAUUGUAGAUUAAACAAAAUACCAGAGAAGUGAGCGACCUUGGCCGACACCGCCUAUCACCAUAAAAAAAUGUACCUGCAUACACAAUUUUAAUAAAUGUAAAUAAUAUUGUCAAUGAAUAAUGAU